CAACAAACGUAACAAAUACAACUUUCAAUUCGGAAGAUACAAGUACAUGCAGUAAGGAUGGCAGCCUCUGCCCGCAACUUGUUCAAGUUUAUUGAUAUCGGAGCAAAUCUGACUGAUCCUGUUUUUAGAGGCAUUUACAGAGGCUCUAGAAAACAUGACGAUGACUUCCAGGAUGUGCUGCAGAGAGCCUUUGACAUUGGCAUUCAAAAGAUCAUGAUUACAGGAGGAAGCCUGAAAGAUGCUAAGGAAGCCCUGGUGCUUGCCAAAUCACAUGAGUCUCUCUUCUGUACAGUGGGUUGCCACCCCACACGAUGCCAGGACUUUGAGAAAAGUGGUAACCCUGAGAAGUAUUUGGCUGACCUUCUUGCCCUCAUCCAGGGGAACCGAGACAAAGUGGUGGCAGUCGGAGAGUGUGGACUGGAUUAUGAUCGUCUCCAGUUCUGCCCAAAGGAAGUUCAGUUAAAAUAUUUCGAAAAGCAGUUUGAUCUAGUUGAGGCCACAGGACUACCAAUGUUUCUUCACUGUAGAAAUGCAUUCUCUGAUUUUAUGGAAAUUCUUAAACGAAAUAAGGAGAGGUUUAAAGGAGGUGUUGUUCACUCCUUUGAUGGUACAAAGGAAGAAGCAGCCGCCAUAGUUGAUGAGGGUCUUUACAUUGGAAUAAAUGGAUGUUCUCUAAAAACCAAGGAUAAUUUGAACUCCAUGUGCACAGUGCCAAGUAACAAGUUAAUGGUUGAAACAGACUGUCCUUGGUGUGAGAUCAGACCAACGCAUGCAGGGUUCGAAUUUAUUAAAACAAACUUCCCUACAAAAAAGAAAGAAAAAUGGGAGAAAGGAAAUUGUGUGAAAACACGGAAUGAGCCUGUCCAGAUCAUUCAGGUUUUGGAAGUCAUGGCUGGAGCACGUGGGGAAGACAGCGAACAGUUGGCACAGACUAUGUAUGAAAACACACGAUCAUUGUUUUUUCAAAAUUUAGAUGGUUAAAUUAUUUGACACAGUAAACAGUAUAGACAUUUAGAUAUUGUUCUGUUUAAUUUUUUUGAAGAGCUCAGUUAGUGGCUGUUAGGUGUAGCAUUGCGUCUUUACAGAUUGGACAUUUUGUAUGUUGACUGAAAGAUGCAAAUCUACAUAUCUGAAGAUGUUUACACCAUUUUUUCAGAAACCAAACGGCAUUGUUGUACAUAUUAGGUAGGCCUAUUUGUUGAUUUCUCUUGAAGGAUGCAAAAUGAACCAGAAUAACUAUGUUAUUUCAUGACCUUUUUCUUUCAUAUCUCAUUACAUCAAUGCCACAUUAAAAGGUGGUCACUUUCAUUGACUAGUGUUGGUUCACUGCUGUUUUCCAGAAUAUUUAACUGGCAUGUAUGCAGUGACAGUCAUAUUCAUGUGCAAAGGAAACCAUAGUGCCUGAAGUAAACCAUCAGCUCUUGGCACAAUAAAUGACAAACUUU